AAAGGCCACACGUAAAAAUAGACCAGAUGGAAGAGAACGCACGAAAAUUCCAAGCAUGGCAUAAAAACUUACUGCCUCAGGCGGCCUUACUCGGAGUAAGCCCACUUUUGCAGGCGAUGCAUGUCCUGCCGGUCCGGUCCUUUGGUCACCGUCACCUUGGUGGCGUGUUUCGUGAAGAGGCCCUGGUCAGUGGCAGCAGCCUCCGAGUCAUGGACCUCAAGCCCAUCUGGUACGCUCGAGAGGCGGUCGGACUGGUCUGGUUCGUGGUUCAGGGUCUUGGUUUGGUAUAGGGUCUGAAUUAGUAUUAUACAGUCGGCAGAGAGCAGCCGCAACAACCUCUCCAUACAGCAUUUCCAUCGAGAUGAUGCACAGACAGGAUACAGAGGGCAACAGACAUUUGAUAAAGGAG